AGAAAAUAAAAAAAAUCAUUUUGGGUGUUACUCUUAUGAAUUCAUACCUGAAUAACAUACACUGGCCUAAGCCCUAUUAGUUUGUACAUGCGCAACUGAUUUUUGUUUUGAGCAGGGAGAAUACUUCAACGGUGAACUUAGUUGUUACAAACUGAACGUUGUUUGGUCGAUGACCACAGGCUGAGACUACGAUAAGACACACACAAUGUCUGGUCAUGGCAAGAACUACGCACACAAUAAACAAGUUUACAACAGCCUACGCCUUGGAGACCGUGUUGAGUUCAAGCGAGUAGUUUAUUCCCACUGGGGGAUUUACAUAGGUCAAGGAAAGAUAAUUCACUUGGCUGCUCACGAUAACGCCGAAGUGAAAGCUAACUCCAACAGUACUCAUUUGUUCAGUAUUGGAGGCAAACUGUUUAAAAAAGCUUUCGUUCGCAUCGAUGACUUCUGGAAGGUAGUCGGCGAAGACAAGGCAAUUAUCAACAAUAGUCUUGACAAGAAAUUGAGGGCCUUGUCACCAGAAGAUAUUGUGCAACAAGCCAUGAAAAAAAUUGGUGAGGUCGGCUACAAUGUCAUUACAGCGAACUGUGAACAUUUUACAAACUGGUGCAGGUAUGGAGAGAGCAAAAGUGAACAGUCAGAAAACGCAAUGACUGGAUUAGCUGUAACUGGAGGAUUACUGUUAUUUGCUGGAGCAGUUGCAUACGGUAUAUCUAGGUCAAUGAAGAAGGAGGAGCCAAGAAAAUAAAGAAACCACUAUUCCAUGGAUUGAACAUCAAAGCAAAGAACAUUGGGCAGCCAUGAACAGGGGUGGACUGGAUAUCAAAAUCGGCCCAGGCAUUUCUAACAGUACAGCCCAUAAAAUGUAUAUCAUAUAAUAGGCCUAUCUGUUCUCAAAAUCACUAGGUUAUUUUUUUUAUAAUGUAUUGAUAACUGUAUGCACGCUCUAUAUCUUUAUAAGAAAUAUAGGCCCUAAUGUUGCUUUUUAAGCGCUAUGUUUGUAGGCCAUAAAAGGAUGAAGCCUACUAAUAGCACUGUCUACGGAUGUAGGCUAUUACAUUAUUUUUGAAAAUGUGUUAGAUUUAAUUAGUAUUACACUGUAGUCUGUAACAGAUGUUUCUAGCAUGACGCUCAUAUAACCCCUUAUAUAUAUGAGAAUAUUAUAAAACCUUUAACAAUUUAAUGCGUGCCAUAGUGGCAUUCAUAAGGCCCUUUAGGCCCAUUUGAGUACCGGCCCACCGGGCAUUUGCCCAAAUGCCCAUAUAGACAGUCCGCCCCUGGCCAUGAACAAUACAUAGAUAUUAUGUUGUCUUUUUCUGUUUUUGUUUAUUUCUUUAAACAAACAAAAAAAUAAACAUGGGUACCACACACAAUGAGAGAAGUAUUUAACAUCUCAGUAAAUGAAAUCAAAAGCUUUGUGUUGAUUGAAACAUAAAAUUUCAAUAAAAUUCAAAAGCGAAAAAUUUUUUUUUGAUAUGCGUAGUUUGCUAUCAAUUUUUUUUUGAUAAGCUCCAGACAUAAGUUAAUGAGAAAUUGAAACAAUCUUGGUAAUAAGGUGAGUGUUUUAAUUUUGUAGAGACAUCCUAAGAUUAAAAACUGAUUCAACAUUAGGCUAGAUCUUUUUAUGAACAAUUAACAAGGCCUUUUUAAUGUACAUAUCUACAUAUUACACACUUUUCUUUAUAGGAUACCUCAAUUUUCGCUUGUGCCAUCAGUUGUCGAGUGGCUUCUUUUCUGUCUCUUUUGUGGGCUCUUUUUUUUUUUUUUUUUGGCUUUUGACUUUUUUUUUUUUUUUUUUGCUUUUGGCUUUUGACUUUUGGCUUUUGACUUUUUGCUUUUGACUUUUGGCUUUUGACUUUUGGCUUUUGACUUUUGGCUUUUGACUUUUUGCUUUUGACUUUUGGCUUUUGACUUUUGGCUUUUGACUUUUGACUUUUUUUUUUUUGCUUUUGACUUUUGGCUUUUGACUUUUGGCUUUUGACUUUUUUUUUUUUUUUUUGGCUUUUGACUUUUAGCUUUUGACUUUUUGCUUUUGACUUUUUUUUUUUUGCUUUUGACUUUUGGCUUUUGACUUUUGGCUUUUGACUUUUUUUUUUUUUUGGCUUUUGACUUCUAGCUUUUGACUUUUUGCUUUUGACUUUUGGCUUUUGACUUUUGACUUUUGACUUUUGGCUUUUUUUUUGUGGUCUUGCUUCAAUGGUUGUGAGCUAUGUUGUGAGAGCGAUAAUCAAUUCUGUGUAACCACUAAAUAAGACAUUAUUCACAUAGUAUUCAUUAUAUACAUGUAUAUAUUACUCUCAGGAUAUACUAUAUAAGUAUAUAUAUAAUUACUCAAUGAACUAAUAAACAUUGAUAAUUUA